AUGGGUAGGGAGAUUGUUAUUGGAUUAGUAGGUAAACCCUCUAGUGGAAAAUCAACUACCUUGAAUGCAUUGACAGAUGCUAAUGCUAAAUGUGGAGCAUUCCCAUUCACUACUAUUGAUCCUAAUAAAGCCACUGGUUACCUUGAAAUAGAUUGUGUCUGUGCCAGAUUCAAUAAACAGGAUAAAUGUAAACCCAAUUAUGGAUAUUGUCGAGACGGUAAGAGAGGUGUGCCUAUAAUGUUGUUAGAUGUUGCUGGAUUGGUACCUAAUGCUCACUUGGGCAGAGGGUUAGGUAAUAAAUUUUUAAGUGAUUUGACCGAAGCAGAUUGUUUGAUACAUAUCGUUGAUGCCAGUGGAACCACUGAUGCGGAGGGGAAAGCAACAAGGGGAUAUGAUCCAUUGCAGGAUAUUGAGUGGUUGCAAGAUGAGAUUUUCCAAUGGAUAUUGGGAAACUUGAAGGAGAGAUGGGGGUCCGUGGUCAGAAGACAUGUUGGUACAAAAUCGUCAACAUUGGAAACUAUGAGACAACAACUAGGUGGGUAUGUGGCUAACAAAAAAUUAAUUGGAGAUGCCUUAGAUUUGAUACCUGAUUUGCCACCAUUACAAGACUGGGACGACGAAAUGCUUGGUAAAGUCGUUCGAGCAUUCAUGGAAGUCAAAUUCCCUACAGUAUUGUCUUUAAAUAAAAUGGAUCACCCUGAUGCAGAUAAGAACGUUUCCAAGAUAAUAUUGAAAUACCCAAAACUGAAAGCAGUGCUAACAUCAUCGAUUACUGAAGUCUUUCUUCGAAAACUAGCUGCUCAGAAUUACAUCAAGUACGAUCUGGGAACAGAAUUUAUUGAUACAAUUGAUGAUCUACCAGAUGACCCGGAUUUGAAACCGUUGGAUGACAAGUUACGUAAUAGGAUAGAAAAUAUCCGUGAUUUGGUUUUGUACAGAUUUGGAUCCACCGGUGUGGUUCAGUUGCUCCAAGCUGCCGCCGAUCUUUUAAACUUGGUUCCCGUUUAUCCCGUCCGAAAUAUCCACAAUUUUUCAGGAAAUUCAGGUGACUAUGUUUUCCGUGAUUGUUUAUUAGUGAAAAGAGGCACACCUGUGACUGCUGUAGCAAGAAAAAUUAUGGGAGAUGUAACAAUUGCAGCGGUAGAAGGUGUUGGUGGUAUUAAGAUAAGUGAAGAUGAUACUAUCGACAAAGGGAAGAAUGACAUUCUAUCCUUUAAGAUAGUUCCAGGAAGUCAUAACUAG